AUGGACUCGCGUCCGAUGUGGACACCGAUUGCCCGGAUGCUGGUGGUGGCCGGGCUGGCUCUGCUGGGUGGCGGAGGCGUGCGCGGCCACGGCCGGCUCAUGGAUCCGCCGGCCCGGAACGCGAUGUGGCGGUUCGGGUUCCCGAACCCGGUCAACUACAACGACAACGAGCUGUUCUGUGGCGGGUACGCCGUCCAGUGGGAGCAGAACGGGGGCCACUGCGGGACGUGCGGCGACGCGUACCACUUGCGGGCACCGCGCCCGCACGAGACGGGCGGCGAGUACGGGCAGGGGAUCGUGACGCGCCGCUACGUAGCCGGGCAGACGAUCGACGUCGAGAUCGAGCUCACCGCCAACCAUAUGGGCCGGUUCGAGUUGCACCUCUGCCCGGAGAACAGCUUCCGCGGUGCCGCGCCCCAGUCCUGCUUCGACCAGUACCCGCUCUACCUGUCCGGGACGCGCGAAGUCCGCUUCCACAUACCGCCCGAGUCGGGCAAGAAGGACGUGUUCCGGUACCGGGUCCAGCUGCCACCGUACGUCACCUGCGUCUCCUGUGCGCUGCAGUGGGUCUACUACACGGGCAACAUGUGGGGACGCUGUGACAACGGUACCGAGGGCAUCGGGUGCGGCCGACCAGAAACGUUCCGCAACUGCGCGGACGUCAGCAUCGUGUCCAACACCGGUGGCGGCCGGCCACCCCUGUUCACCGCUUCCGCCAACAAUCCGUUCCUGCUGUACUACCGGGACUUCCGCGACCCGCAGCCGGACAACGUGUACCCGCUGAUCAUCCGGGACCAGGUGUGCGUACCGACCGCGGCCUACCGCAGCUUCAUCGGCAUGGAUGACUGGUGCCAGAACAACUGCCUGCGCUACCCGCCAAACUGCCCGGAGAUUGCCUGUCACUGCCCUCAAACGUGCGAAGCAAUCGGCGAAAUAGCGGGACAGGAAGGUGCAGAUGUGUACUGCCUCGACCAGUGUCUCAACUUCAAGUCGGCCUGUCCGGCCGAAAAGUGCCGCUGCUACUGA